UAUCAUAAAUGCAUGUAAACAUGUGACAGUUUAUUAAUUUUCUAAUUAUAAUAACGAUGUCGUCAAAUGUGGAAAGUUCAAAUAUAAGUGAUAAAAUACCCACAUUACCUAGCAUUUUAAGAAAUAAAAUCAAAUGUGGAAGCAUUAUAUCAUUUCAAAAAUCUAGAAAAGGAUCUUUGGUGCUGUCACACUGUGGAAAUGAAUAUUUAAAAGAUAAAAAUGGAAAUAAAAAGAUUUAUUAUAAAUGUCGUAUACACAGUUGUCAUGGUAGAGGUAUAUUCGUUGAUGAUAUGUUUACCACUACUGUACCUCAUGAUAUUUGCAUUUUUAAAAAUGCAGCUAACAACAUUCCCAUUUUAAAUUAUGUAGUAGAUGACUCUAUUCAAGAAACCAUUCAAGAACCACAUGCAAACUCAAUUUUGAAUAAUGAUUAUCUAAUUAAUAUUCCAAAUUCAAAUGAUAGUACAGAUGAUAUUCAAAAUAUUGAUUUAAAUUCUUAUACUACAUUGUUAUCCAACAACACAGAAGAUAAUAAAAAUGACAUUAUUAAACAAUCAAUUAAUAAUAGACAUAUUUUAUGUCAUGGUGAAAACAAAUAUAGAAAAGAUAAAAAUAAAAAUGGAACAAUAUAUUAUAGGUGUAAAGUAUCUAAUUGUCAUGGUAGGGGUAAAUAUAAAAAUAAUCUAUUUACUCCUACUGAACCUCAUGAUAAGUGCUUUGUUAAAAUAAGUGAUAAUAAUGUUCCUUUAACUUGCAAUAACUCAACAAUGUCAAAAAAUUUAAUCAAGACUUCUAAUUUAUGUAAAAAUGGAAAUACAAGCAAUCUAAGCAAUAAUAUUAAAUUAUGUCUAAACAAUGAUGGGAAUAUUAAAAUUAAUAUUUCCCUAUUUAAUGCUUCUGAUGAAUUAAUCAAUCAAAGUUCAAACCUGUAUGAAAAUAAUCAAGUUAAUAUUCUUGUAUUUAAAAAUUCAUCUGAUUUGGAGUUAUACAAUAAAAAGAAUAUUACAAAUUCAAGAUGUUCAAAAAUGAUUCAAAAUAAUCAAGCUAAUGAUAUUAAUUCAAUAUUUUCAAAUGUUGAUGAUAUUCAAGAUGACAGUCAUGAUCCAUCUGAUGGGAUAUCUGAAAUAGAAUCUUGUGAUCAAACAAAUAAUGAGAUCUCAAAUAGUAAUGAAAAUUUUGAAAUUAAUGAAGAAAUAAAUGAGUGUUAUUUAACAACCUCCAAUAAUUAUAUUAAAUCAUCAAAGGGAAUACCUUUUAUAUACAUUAAUAAAUAUCUAUAUAGUUGCAAUAGAACACAUGGUUUAACAAAGUAUUACAGAUGUAUUCGACAAACCUGUUAUGGCCGUGGGACUUUGCUGAAAAAUAUUUUUAGAGUUAAAAAGAAUCAUUCCCACGAACAAGAUACAGAAAAGUAUCUUGACCUACAACUUCGAAAUUUAGUUAAAAUAAAUAAAAGACCUCGUAAAAAUAGAAAUAGAGAAACCCUUUCUAAAACUGGCUCAAACAAUUUUAAUAAAUUCUAAUUACAUAUUGUUAGACAAUAGACAUUUUUGUAUUCGAGCGAAAUUGUAAUAUAUUUUUAAAAAAAUUUAAAUCAAUUUUUGGAAAAAGAUAAAUAACUUAUUGACACAUAGCCCACCAUUUUAAUUUAUUCAUUGAUAUAAAUCCUAUUUUUAUCAAUUUAAACAAUUAUAUUUUGAUUUAAGGGUUUAAUUAUUUAUUAUACACUUAAUUAAUUUUUUAAAUAAAUCUAUA